UCUCAACAGCGCGUAUUUACAUUUUUAAGCGUUUGUUCUAUGGUGAAGCUUUUAUAAGGGUUAUUUUUGUGUCGAUUUUAGAUACAUUAGAAGAGUUUUCCCACUAGAGCUUAAGGCCUAUAGGAAAUAACUGCCGAAUCCCAAAUGGCACAAUGUUCCCUACAUAAGUCUUCUACAUAGUGUAUGACUUAAUGGCGCUGUGCAGCCUAUAGAGCACACUAUUUGUCCAGUAGGGAGCCACUUGGGAUUCAACCAGUGAACUAGAAAUCCAACUGUUGAUUCGGGCUCAAGAGGGAAUUUCACUUUUUGUGUUCAGUCCACAGUGUAUUUGUGAAGAAGUGUGUAAAUAUAAUUAAGAUGUGUAUCUUAUUAAUAGGGCUUCAUUCAAAAACUACAAAGGAGUUGUGUUUAAAAAAGUAGGAAAAGAGCUGUAGGCUAAAUCAGGGUUGAGAAGGAGAUACAGCCUCCUACAGAACACUGAUUUUAUUUGUCUGAUUUUCUGUACGGCUUUCUCUUAAACUCUGAAGUGUAUUUUUGGACGAUGGAGGAAAUAAUCUGAUCUGUAUUCGGAGGAAAAUGUUAGUUAUCGGGGGUUUUGACAGCAGAGCUCCACGCUGUCCCACCCAUGAGCUGUACUGGCUGAUUCUUUAUGGCUGAGAGUGACGCUCGAGGUCACAUGGUUUCGGAUCGUCUGAGCCUGAUGGGUCUCAGCAUGGACCUGUCCGACACCACAGUGCAGCAGAAGCUGGACGAGAUCAAGGACCAGAUCAAGCGCGAGCUACGCAAAGAGCUCAAGAUCAAGGAAGGAGCGGAGAACCUGCGCAAAGCCACCACGGACAAGAAGAGCCUGGCUUAUGUAGACACCAUGCUGAAGAAGAGCAAUAAGAAGGUGGAGGAGCUGCACCAGGAGCUGCAGGAACUCAACGCCCACAUCGUGGUCAAAGACCCCGAUGAACUCCGAGUUUCAGAGUGCCCUUUGACUCCAGACACUCCAUGCAGCACCAACAGCAGUCGUCUGGCUGCUCUUAAGAAGCAGAACGACAUCGAGCUCAAAGUGAAGCAGGGUGCUGAGAAUAUGAUACAGAUGUACUCCAACGGUUCCUACAAGGAUCGUAAGCUGCUUGCCAUGGCCCAGCAAAUGCUCCAGGACAGCAAGACCAAAAUUGAAUUCAUCCGGAUGCAGAUCCUCAAAGCGAGUCAGACCAAUGAGAUGAGUUAUGAGAAUAAUGAAGUGCCUGCGAACAAGUCUAUAAUCAGUCCUCUGGACCUGCGGCUGGAGGAGUUGCGACAUCACUGCCGGAUCGAGUCUGCCGUGGCCGAGGGAGCCAAGAACGUCAUGAAGCUGCUCGGCUCAGGGAAAGUUACAGAGAAAAAAGCUCAUUCAGAGGCCCAGGCACGCUUUAACGAGUCGAGUCAGAAGCUGGAUCUGCUGAGGUAUUCUCUGGAGCAGAGGCUGAGCGAGCUGCCGCAGAGCCACCCAAAGGCCAGUCUGAUCUCAGAAGAGCUCCUCAUGAUGGCCACUCCUCAGAGUCCACGCCAGAGCAUCAUCUCCUCCCACAACCAGUACAGCACUGUGGCUAAACCAGCAGCUCUCACAGGAACAUUGGAGGUGAGGCUCAUGGGCUGUCAGGAUCUGCUGGAGAAUGUUCCAGGCCGGUCUAAAGCAGCAUCUGUGUCCCUGCCUGGCUGGAGCCCGAGUGAAACGCGCUCCUCCUUCAUGAGCCGAACAAACAAGAACAAAUCAGGCAGCAGCAGAAACCUCUCCAAAGCUGACGAGCUGUCCAAUGAGAUCAGUGCUGUUCUGAAACUGGACAACACAGUCGUGGGGCAGACGAACUGGAGACCAAUCAGCAACCAGUCCUGGGACCAGAAAUUCACACUGGAGCUCGAUCGGUCUCGUGAGCUGGAGAUCUCUGUGUACUGGAGAGACUGGCGCUCUCUGUGUGCUGUUAAGUUCCUAAGGCUGGAGGACUUCCUGGACAACCAGCGUCACGGCAUGUGCCUCUACCUGGAGCCUCAAGGAACUCUGUUUGCUGAGGUUACAUUUUUCAAUCCAGUCAUCGAGAGGCGACCAAAACUACAAAGGCAAAAGAAAAUCUUCUCAAAACAGCAAGGUAAAACGUUCCUGCGUGCACCUCAGAUGAACAUCAACAUUGCCACUUGGGGGCGUUUGAUGAGAAGAGCAAUCCCAUCCGUCAACAAUUCUUUCAGUCCUCAGGUGGCUGAGCUCGGAUCAGCGCUGAGCCCUGAAACAGCAAUCCUCGGCCAUCCAGACUCGCCGUCUCUGUCCAGUGAUCCGACCGUUACCAAAUUAGACUUUGACAAAGGCGCCACUCCUCCUCCAAAACGCCAUCCCACCCCUGCUGCUGAGCUAGAAGAAGAGGAAGAAGAACCACCAUCACAAAACAAAAUCCCUGAUGGGAAGGAGGUUCAGGAUGCAUUAGCCACAUUUGACUUCCUGAAUGACAGCCGGAACAGUACGGUGUCCAAGCCGGAAUAUGAUAGUCUGGUGGAAGAUGAAAUUCAGCAGCCUGAUCUGGAGCUUACAGAGCAACACCAUAUUGAUCCGAGAGAAGAGCCAGACAUCCAGUUCAGUCUCAAAGACUUUUCUUGUGUGGCUGUUCUGGGCCGUGGACACUUUGGAAAGGUCUUACUGGCAGAAUAUAAGAGCACUGGGGAAAUGUUUGCCAUCAAAGCUCUGAAGAAAGGGGAUAUUGUUGCUCGUGAUGAAGUUGACAGUCUGAUGUGUGAGAAGAGGAUCUUCGAGACGGUGAACAGUGUCCGGCACCCAUUCCUGGUCAAUCUCUUUGCUUGCUUCCAGACCAAGGAGCAUGUUUGUUUUGUAAUGGAGUAUGCAGCAGGAGGGGACCUGAUGAUGCACAUCCAUGCCGAUGUCUUCUUAGAGCCACGUGCAGUUUUCUAUGCUGCCUGUGUGGUCUUGGGCCUGCAGUUUCUACACGAGCAUAAAAUAGUAUACAGGGACUUGAAGCUGGAUAACCUGUUGCUGGAUACCGAAGGAUAUGUAAAGAUUGCUGACUUUGGGCUCUGCAAAGAAGGAAUGGGCUUUAGAGAUCGCACGAGUACAUUCUGUGGCACUCCUGAGUUCCUGGCUCCUGAGGUCCUGACAGAAACAUCAUACACACGGGCUGUGGACUGGUGGGGUUUGGGUGUGCUCAUCUUUGAGAUGUUGGUUGGAGAGUCUCCAUUUCCAGGUGAUGACGAAGAGGAAGUGUUUGACAGCAUUGUCAACGAUGAAGUCCGUUACCCACGAUUCCUCUCCACAGAGGCUAUCUCCAUAAUGAGACGACUGUUGAGGAGAAAUCCCGAGCGACGCCUUGGUGCAGGAGAGCGAGACGCUGAAGAAGUCAAGAAGCAUCCGUUUUUUAGAAACAUGGACUGGGCUGCUCUGUUGGCUAAGAAGAUCCGGCCUCCGUUCAUCCCUACCAUUAAAGGACGGGAAGAUGUUAGUAACUUUGAUGACGAGUUCACUUCAGAGGCUCCGAUCCUGACUCCACCACGUGAGCCCAGAAUCCUGACCGUUUCAGAACAAGAGCUCUUCACGGACUUCGACUACAUCGCUGACUGGUGUUAGCUCUUCCAGCUGACCAUCAACAGCCCACACUCACUCAAUACUGUGAACCAAACGGACAAACGAGGCUCACUGCCAGAGCCAGAGAACGUCUCUGUAAGGACCACUUCCCUCUCUCUGCUCUUAGCUGUGCCAGCUGGCACUGUUUUUUUCCCCCCCUUUAAAAGAAAAUGUUUUACCAGGACUUUCAUUCACCUAGAAAAGUCAUGGUAGCCCAACAUGGCAUUUUUUUUUUUUUUUUGUCAAGAGCACUGGGAUUUCUCAUGAGUGGUCUCCACAUUUACAAGUUCUCCUCUUUAAUGAAGUCCUCUUUUGUUGGCUGUUCAGAGAAAACACUACAGAACUUCUGUUCCACAGUCUAACCAAGUGAAACACUACAAAGACUUGUUUUUUGAAGCUUAUAGACAGUCCCCACUUUACAACACUUAUCUUUUGAUUCUCAUAUUUAUUUAGUGUCUUCCUCCCCAUGGUGCCUUAAACUCAUCACAGAUAGAGGGCUUCCAGAAAGGCAGCAUCAGGUACUGAAAACCUCCCAACACACACUGCCAAACCAGCUCUUUAUGCAAUCUGAGGAGCCCUUGGCCAAGACCACCCACCAGACCAACUUCAAUCUUGACUUAACAUGAAAGUCACUUUUUUUUUCAUCUUUGGUGGUUUUCAGACUUAAUUUCCACUUAAACAUGUAUUCAUAUCAUAACUGAAAAAAGUGUAACUUAUAGUUUUAUAUAAUAUUUUUAGGAAAUUAGCAUCUUGGAUCUGCUGUAUGGUAUGCAUAUGUGUGUUCUUUUUUUUUUUUUUUUUUUUUUUUAAAUAUAUGAAUUUUAUGGUUAUCAUUAAGGAGAGGGCAGCUCAAAUCACAGAGCAAUCAUAAACCUGACAAAUGGAAUGUAAAAAUGUAUAUUCAUCAAAAAGAACACAAACGUGUAUAUUUUUGGCACAUGGAUAUGCCAAAGCAGCCUGUAUUUUUAAUAGUCUGUUUUUAAAAUGAUGAUCAUAGAGUGACUCUUCCAGAUCUUUCCUGACAUUCGGUCACAGAUGUUUUCACACAGUUUGUGGUUCUGUGUGCCAAGCAAUAAUCCUGUUUUGAAAAUCAGGAAGUGGACAUUUGGGCAUUGCCCGGCAUUCCUGGUGGAUGAAACCCCUGGCUACAAGUGUUUAAUCCAUGGACUGCUAACACGCAGCAGACUCGUCCCCUCUGUCAGAAGGAGCUCUUAUGGACUCUCGUCAAUGAUUUCACUCUGUGUAUCACCAAACCUUUUACAAAUACACUCUGUACCCACA